AUGGCCAUUUCGAAGAGCUUACUAGAUAAACUCUUCGGACGGCUGUUUAAGCUCAAGAUACUUAUCAUUUGCUAUUCUUUUCUCAAGUUUUUGGCGGUUGGUGAUGUACCAGUAAAAUUGACGAAUACCUUGGACUGCUUGAAGUAUAUCAGCCUGACAAUAAACCUAGAUGACUCCAAGCAGAUUUUGGCUGCCCUUUGCUUGUUCAGAAGUUCUCCUCAUCUACAGGAGAUCGAGGUCACUGCGGACUCGGACAAGGCAUCUGCACUGAUACAUCAAGCCAACUUCUGGGAGGCAAACCAACUGCCUUUAAGAGAGAUCAUUUUUAGGAGACUUAGGAAAAUGAAGUUGAUAGAGUUCAAAGGAGUUGCACAUGAGAUGGGAUUCAUACAGUUUGUUCUUGAAAAUGCAACGGUGCUCGAUAAACUAAGUAUCAAGAGGGGGAAGGGGUUUCAGUUUAAGGAACUUGAGCAGUUGCCUGUGUUGAAAAAGAUGAUACAGUUCAGAAGGGCCUCAUCUAAUGCCAAAGUAAUCUUUUUGGAUUAA